UUUUUGCUUAAAACUUAAAAAAAAAAGUACGAAAACCUCCCUCACCGCGUGUGCAUCCAUGGCGACGCGAGGGCAGGGGGCAGGGGCCGGGAACACGAUUAGGGUUUCGGACAUGGAGAAGAUGAGUUUGGAGCAGCUCAAAUCCCUCAAGGAGCAGUCCGAUCUCGAGGUCAAUCUCCUCCAGGACAGCCUAAACAAGAUCCGGACUGCCGCCGCCCGCCUCGAGAUCGCCUCCUCCGCCAUCCACGAUCUCUCCCUCCGCCCCCAAGGGAAGAAGCUGCUGGUCCCUCUCACGGCGUCUCUCUACGUUCCUGGCACCCUCGAUGACGCCGACAAAGUUCUCGUUGAUGUGGGGACGGGAUACUUCAUCGAGAAAACCAUGACUGAGGGCAAGGAUUAUUGUGAUCGGAAAAUUAAUUUACUCAAGUCUAAUUAUGAGGAACUUAUUGAGAUGGCUUCCAAGAAGAAAAACAUAGCAGAUGAAGCUGGAAUAGUCUUACAAGCAAAACUCAGGCAAUCAACCUCAACUACAUGAGAGUGCAAAGUGGCAGCUAUUUGUAAUUCUUGAAAUUCAUAGUUGGACACUUGAAUUAUAAUAUUUGGUCCCGAGUAAAAACCUUUGUUUAUUUGCAUCUUUCAGGGUUUCUUUUCUUUUCUUUUCUUUUCUUUUUUCAAUUAGAUGCUCCUGCCACCUUGCCUGUAUUAUUCCAGAUACAUGUUAAUGUCAAUAGAUCUUAAAACUGGCUUAUGGUUUAGGUA